AUGCCCCCCAAGAAGACUACUCGUCCCGCCCAGGAGAACAUCUCCCUGGGCCCUCAGGUCCGCGAGGGUGAGCUCGUUUUCGGCGUCGCCCGUAUCUUCGCCAGCUUCAACGACACCUUCGUCCAUGUCACCGAUCUCAGCGGCCGCGAAACCAUCUGCCGUGUCACUGGUGGUAUGAAGGUCAAGGCCGACCGUGACGAGUCUUCUCCCUACGCUGCCAUGCUGGCUGCUCAGGAUGUUGCGGCCCGCUGCAAGGAGCUUGGCAUCACUGCCCUCCACAUCAAGAUCCGUGCCACUGGUGGCAACGGCACCAAGACCCCCGGCCCCGGCGCCCAGUCCGCCCUCCGCGCUCUGGCUCGCUCUGGCAUGAAGAUCGGACGCAUUGAGGACGUCACACCCACUCCUUCUGACUCGACCCGUCGCAAGGGUGGUCGCCGUGGUCGUCGUCUCUAA